CGCUAGAUAAAGCCGAGGUUGCAAAGUGCGUCACAGAGGCGAGCUGCUCAGAGUGAACGGGAGACUGCAGGUUCAGCGCCAAAACAUUCACCGCGGCGUGAAAACCACACACACCGAGCAGUGACACGGGUCUGCGGACAUGGUGAAGAUCGCUUUUAACGCUGCCCUGGCGCACAAGGGGCUGGGGAAGGAGAUCCCAGUCGCGAUGAAGGACCCAGAGCUGGCUGGUCCCCCCGCCCCCAGCGAGGGCUCCACCGGCCGCUGUCUGCUCACUCUGCUGGGCAUCGCCUUCAUCCUGAGCGGCCUCAUCGUGGGAGGGGCCUGUCUGUACCGCUAUUUCACCCCCAAGCGACUGUACCACGGCUCAAUGCAGUUUAAUGAUGGAUCUUCUGGAGUAGAGGCACAGCCCUACUACCUGCCGCAGGUGGAGGAGAAGAUGGAGAUCUCAGAUAAUAUGGCCGUCAUCAGUGUCCCUCCUCCACGCUUCAGACCAGGAGACCCUGCGUACAUCCUCCACGACUUCAACAGGAAGCUGACAGCGUACCUGGACCUGACCCUGCGUACCUGUUUCGUGAUCCCCCUGAACACCUCUGUUGUGCUGCCUCCUCAAGACCUCAUUGAUCUCUUUUCUCAGCUCAUGUCGGGGUCGUACCGCAGUUACCUGGUGCAGGAGGACCUGGUAGUGACCGAGCGCAUCGAGGACAUCAAACCUCUGGGCUCCUACAUCCGCCGCCUGUGUGACGGGAAAGAGACUUAUAGAAUGCAACGCCGUGACACUGUACAAGGUGGGGGCAUCGUGAAGCGCGCUGCCGAGGAAUGCUUCACCAUCAGCCAUUUUGAGAACACGUAUGUGACAGAGACCAGGAUCUGCAAGGGCUAAAGUUAAAAAUGAGAUAGAAAAGCGUGUACGAGCUGGUUUACUUGUGAUGUAGGUGAAAGAGGGAUACAACUUUCAGAUGGAAACUACUUUUGUACAAAACAUUUCUGCUGCUUUAGCCUGAGUGAAGUUGUGAUUUCUGUUACAGUGUUUUAAGACUUCGAUCUCCUCUUUAUCCGCUGCUUCCACUAUAGAGGUCAUAGGUCAUUACGCUUACAAGUAUUUCAAAUAGUCUUCAAUGCAACCACCAGCUCAUAUAAGUAGAAGUGACUAUAGGCUUCCUUACAUUUGGCUUAGUUUAUUUCAGUGCUUCUCAAUGAACUUGUUGUUUUGAUAGUAUUACUUAUUCUUCUUAUUCACGCUGUAGACGAGAUUGUACAUCCUGAGAAGUUGUUUAUACUUAAAUAUCUCCCUAAAUGUGAGCCUACUGUUCUUGCACUAACUCAAUGUAACCUGAAGGGGGAGUAAGUGAUCUCUUUUUGGCAAAGUUAUAAUACAGUGUUUUAUUAGUACUUUGAAGUGUUGGCAGUAGAGUUGUUCAUAUACAAGUUUGUAAUGGAAAAAGUCGUAGUUUUCUUCCAAUUCUGUCCUCUGUGAAGUCAUGCUGGUCAAGAAAGUAAUUUUUUAUACACCCGAUGCCCUUCCCUAUGCAACCUGCUCCAUUUUUCCAGGUUUGGGAAUAGUAAAAAGAGUACCACGUCUUCUGAUUCAGGUUUUCAGAAUAUCUAUUUUCUUAUCUCCUAUGGCUGGCCUAGUCCUAAAAUAUUGGUCUAUUUUAGUAAGUUUAGCAUGGAAAGCCAAAUCUUUUUCUGUAAUUUAAAGUUGCACUGUGUAACUUUCAAGUUAAGGGUCCACCACCUGUUUGUAUCCAUGGAGAUGAUACUGCUUUGCCAGGAAUAUUUCAUAACUUAAUAUCUUGCGUUGAUUAAAUUACAUAUGUUUUUAUUGCUAGAAAAAAAAAGACAAGAACAAAACAUGCAUUGCAGUGAAUGGGCUUUUCACUUUACACAGCUGAUCUAUAACUUAGCUUGGUGCCAUCACCUGCUUGUCUCCCUGGAGAUAUUAUAAUGCCAUACUGUGGGAAGUUCUAGGCAAAGUAAUGACUUAUUGAUGGAGACAAGUGGUGCUGGACGCUGCAUUAGAAAAGUUACACAGUGCAUCUUUAACUAGAGCCAUAUUGAUGUUUGAUGUUAGAUUGAAUGACUACAGUUUGUUGACGUUAAAAGUCAUUGCUUAAUUUUGUUUGCUGAACUUGACACCAAAUUUGCAGAAGCACUUACUUCCCCUUAUGAACAUCUCUACAUUGUUAGUCUGUUAUCACUGAAAGGGUGUGUCUUGGCACUGUGCACUUACGGAUGUCCAAGCACAACCCAGUCUCAGUCACGGUGUACAUAUUUCCCAGAGUGUUUUGCAGCACCUCUGAAGUCCUGCUGUUUUACAUGUAAAUGAUGGUGACCAGUGUUUGUGUUCAAUGUGUAAAAACUUUAUUUGUAAGAGCACUUGACGAAUAGCUACUGGAGCGCAUAAGGGCAAAGAUUUUCCUUUUUAAAUCUCUUAUUUGAAUGUGAUGUUUUUGUUGUAGGAAAUAGAUUUACUGUUUUCAAUAUUUUGCUUAAUCCUUAAUAUUUGAAAAUGUACGUUGUGAAAAAAAAACUGCAAUAAAUUUGCAUUAAACCCAAA